AUGGUCACAAAGCCCAGAGCUCCAGCCGCAUUCAGGAUCGUCCUGCUGGGGGAAAGUCGGAACGGGAAGAGCAGCCUGGCCAACACCAUUUUUGGAGAAGCCAUAUUCUUCGUAAAAAAUUUUAACGACAUGAAUUCCUUUGCUACCAAAGCACAAACAAAACUUGUCAACGGAAAAAACUUUACUUUGAUCGAUACUCCUGGGCUGUUCGACUCAGGCAGGUCUCUGGAGGCCGUGAAACCCGAGUUACUGAGGUGCAUCGUAGAGUGCGCUCCCGGGCCUCACGUUUUUCUGAUCGUUCUCAAAGUGGAGAAGUACACCGAGCAGGAGGAAGACGUCAUCGCUAACAUACGGCGAUACUUCUCCGAUGACGCCCUGAAGUACGCAGCGGUGGUCUUCACCCACGGUGACCAGCUGCCUGAGGGGAUGGAAAUCAAACAGUAUGCUGAUCAGAGUGACGGUCUGAGGGAACUGGUGGAGAAGUGUGGCGGUCGCUGCCAUGUUUUUGAUAACAGGUACUGGAAGAACAACCAGGAAGACAAUUAUAGAACCAACAAGUUCCAGGUGGCCGAGCUGCUCAACACCAUAGAUAAGAUGUUGAUGGAGAACAGAGGAGGGUUCUACAGAAGUAAAACACUCAAUGACAUUGAGAGAGAAAUGCAAGAGGAGAUAAAGCUUUUAAAACUGUCAGCAGAGAACAUGUCAGAGGAUGAAAUGAGACAGCAGGUAAAAAGUGUCGUCCUAAAAAAACAGUUGAAGAAAACCUUUUGGAAAAAGGUCUCAGUUGGCGCAGCUGGUGUUGGUCUUGGUGUUGGAUUACUUGCUUUGUUGAUCAUCUCUGGAUUAAACUCAACAUCAAACGUAGCAGAGGAAUCAGCUGUGGAAGCAGCUCAAACCGUUUUACAUCAGAAAGCUGAGCAGGCAAUACCAAACACAUUUGAAGCCAUUUGUGACUAUCUUAAUGCAUUAUUUGAACGAACGUACAAUCCUUUCUGUCCAUUUGACUAA